UUCUUUGAAUCCUCUUGUGUACAGAUUCUAUAGUUGUGAUGUCAGUUGACUUGGGCAGCGAUUGGAUGAAAAUUGCAAUUGUGAAGCCCGGUGUACCAAUGGAGAUUGUUCUAAACAAGGAGUCCAGAAGGAAAACUCCAGUGGCCGUAUGUUUAAAGGAGAAUGAGCGCCUGUUUGGAGAUGGUGCUCUGGGAGUGUCUGUGAAGAACCCCAAAGUGGUGUACAGGUAUCUGCAGGACCUCUUGGGGAAGCAGAAGGAGAACCCUCUGGUGGCGUUGUACCAAAAACGCUUCCCUGAACACCGCUUAGAAAAAGAGGAGAAUCGGGGCACGGUUGUCUUCAAGAACUCUGAAGAGAUGCUGUAUUCACCGGAGGAGAUUCUUGGCAUGGUUUUGAACUACUCGCGAGGGUUGGCACAGGACUUUGCAGAACAAACCAUUAAAGAUGCCGUGAUCACAGUACCAGCCUUUUUCAAUCAGGCAGAGCGUAGGGCAGUCCUGCAGGCGGCCCAGAUGGCAGGCCUGAAGGUCCUUCAGCUAAUCAACGACAACACAGCUGUCGCUUUGAACUACGGGGUCUUCAGGAGGAAGGACAUUAAUAGUACAGCUCAGAACGUGAUGUUUUAUGACAUGGGCUCAGGCAGUACAGUGGCCACCAUUGUCACAUACCAGACUGUGAAGACAAAGGAUUCUGGGACACAACCUCAGCUGCAGAUUCGGGGGGUGGGGUUCGACCGCACGCUGGGCGGGUUCGAGAUGGAGCUGAGGCUGCGGGACCACCUGGCCAAGCUCUUCAACGAGCAGAAGAAGACCAAGAAGGACGUGCGGGAGAACGCCCGGGCCAUGGCCAAGCUCCUCAAAGAGGCUCAGCGGUUAAAGACCGUGCUGAGCGCCAAUGCUGAGCACACGGCACAGGUGGAAGGCCUCCUGGAUGACAUAGACUUCAAGGCGAAGGUGACGCGGUCGGAGUUGGAGGUGCUGUGCGGCGACCUGUUCGACAGGGUUCCGGGCCCCGUCCAGGAAGCACUCAGCUCUUCGGAAAUGUCCAUGGAUGAGAUUGAGCAGGUGAUCCUGGUUGGAGGGGCGACUCGGGUGCCGAAAGUGCAAGAGGCCCUGCUGAAAGCCGUGGGAAAAGAGGAGCUGGGGAAGAACAUCAACGCGGACGAGGCGGCGGCGAUGGGCGCGGUUUACCAGGCCGCGGCGCUCAGCAAGGCGUUCAAGGUCAAACCUUUCCUGGUGCGAGACGCCGCCAUGUUCCCCAUUCAGGUGGAGUUCACUCGGGAGACUGAAGAAGAGGACGGGGUGAAGAGCCUGAAGCACAACAAGCGCAUCCUGUUCCAGAGAAUGGCGCCCUACCCCCAGAGGAAGGUCAUCACCUUCAACCGCUACACUGACGAUUUCGUCUUCAGCGUCAACUACGGGGACCUCACGUUCCUCAGCGCGCAAGACCUCAGUGUGUUCGGCUCUCUGAACCUGACGACAGUCAAGCUGACCGGUGUUGGAAGCAGCUUCAAGAAGCACGGGGAUGCAGAGUCGAAGGGCAUCAAGGCCCAUUUCAACAUGGACGAGAGCGGCGUGCUGACGCUGGACAGGGUGGAGUCUGUGUUUGAGACCGUCGUUGAAGAGAAAGAGGAGGAAUCCACUCUGACAAAACUUGGAAACACCAUUUCAAGCCUCUUUGGUGGAGGAAGCUCAGAACCCAGUGUAAAUGCAUCUGAACCUGUGCAGGAUGAGGAAGAGGUCCCACCAGAGACUGGGAAAGAAGACGACCAGGCCCAGAAGGAAGACAUACCUGCCCAGGAGGAGAAACAGGAGGCCGGGGAAAAAGCAGAGAGCGAGACUCAGGACGAGGAGAAGGCAGAGGGCGAGAAAGCUGAUGCUAAUUCGGACUCCCAGGACCAAAAGGAAGCAGAAAAAUCUGAGGAAAAGAAGCCAAGUGAGGAAGAAGGAAAGACUGAGGAAAAGGAGGAUAAGAAAGCCAAGCCCCAGAAGAGGACCAAGAUUUCAGAUGAAAUCGGAGUGGAGCUCCAAGUGAAUGAUGUUCUGAACCCGAGCCCCGAUCAGAUCGAGGCUUCCAAUAAAAAAUUGCAAGACCUCACCGACCGCGAUCUGGAGAAGCACGAGAGAGAGAAGGCACUGAACAGUCUGGAGGCGUUCAUCUUCGAGACGCAGGACAAGCUGUACCAGGACGAGUAUCAGGCCGUGGUCUCCGAAGAGGAGAAGGAGCAGAUCACGGGCAAGCUGAGCGAGGCCUCCGAUUGGAUGGACGAGGAGGGCUACUCCGCGGGCACCAAAGAGCUGAAGGAGAAGCUGUCGGAGCUGAAGAAGCUGUGCAAGGCCAUGUUCUUCCGGGUGGAGGAGCGCAGGAAAUGGCCAGACCGCCUGGCCGCCCUCGACAGCAUGCUCAACCAUUCCGCCUUCUUCCUCAAGAGUGCCAAACUCAUUCCAGAAGAUGACCAAAUCUUUACUGAGGUGGAGCUAAAGACUUUGGAAAAAGUCAUAAAUGAGACCACGACGUGGAAGAACGAGACGGUGGCCGAGCAGGAGAAGCGGUCGUCCACGGAGAGGCCCGUCCUGCUGUCCAAAGACAUCGAAUCCAAGCUGGCGCUGCUGGACCGCGAGGUCAACUACCUGCUCAACAAGGCCAAGUUUGCCAAGCCUAAGCCCAAACCCAAACCCGCGUCCGCGGAGAAGAACGGCACCGGAACGGAGAACGGCAAGGCCAACGGCACCGAGGCGGACGCCGAGAAAGUCAUCCCACCCAAGGAGGCGCCUUCUCCUGAGGAAGCCCCAGAAGCACCUGAGGAGGUGAAGCCGGCUGAAGAGCCGCCCACUGCUGAGGAUUCUGGGAAAGAGACCGAGACGAACAAAGAAUCGGAGCGCCCAGAAGGAGCAACAAACACGGAACCAUCUGAGAACAAUAAAUCAGAAAAUCAUAUAGGGGAUGAAUUAUAAGAACUGGAACUCUUGGAGGAAAAACAAAAUCCAUUGUAUUUAUUGACAAUUGUUCAACUUUAAUUUCUGCCCCCCCUCCAACUUAAUUUAAACCACCAUGUGUCAUUGGAUCAGUUCGGAGAAGCCUUUAGGUGUACAUUUUUUAGGGCUCUCCAAGUGAAUUGCCCUCGGGUACUUCCCUCUGUCCCUCUCCCCUGCAAACAUAUGCGAGACCAUUAAGAAGAGCACUUAGGAGCCUAAGAAAACCACAGAAAUGGCUGUACCUGAAGUUUGGGUGAAUAAUGUAGUUUUUUUUUUUUUUUGUUUUUUUUUGGCUUUCUUCAAAUUUAGCAUUUUUGUGUAUUUCUGUAUAACUCAUCUGAGAACCUUGGCAUAACCCUUUGGGAACAAGGCUUUAAGUUGAGGUGUGAGUGAGAUGUGGAAAGCAGAAGUUUUGAGUGGUUUCUUCACAAAAUCUGUCUGUCUGCCCCAGCUCUGAGCGUGCUACUCUGCCCAAUAUACGCACAAAGAAUGGCAAAUAUGUGUCCGUUUCAGACUUUUCACAUUUCCCAUGUAUCCAAGAUCACUAUUAAAUGGUGUCAAAAACUAGUAGAUUUUUUCAGUGACAGGUAAUGGACUGUUGAAGACGAUUAUGUGACCCAGCCAAUUAUGAAGUUACCACUUGUUAGGAAAGGGAGAUUGAAUUGUGGAAUUAAUGUGUGUGCAGUUGGCUUCUUUAUUUCCUUUUAGUUUGUGGUGGGGAAUUUUGGGUUGGACAUUGGAAAUUAUGGACUUUGUGAAAUAUAGUUCCUUUCUGAUACACACAUACAUCAGAGAUGAGUUAAAUGGAAAAAUCUUUGCACGGUGUUUGUGGCUCUGCUGUUGGGAGAUGACAGCCACGGCCUAAGACUGCCGCUGGACAUAAUUUCCCAUCAGCACCUCAGUAAAACCAUGUGCAGUGGGUUUGCUUCUACAGGAUGGAAUAUAACAUUUUGCAGCUGUACAAACUGCAACAGAAAUCUGCUGCAGGAUGUGAGGAUAAAUUGAGAGGAGUUAUGGAGGAUAAAGUGUUAGACAUUUCAGACGUUUGCCUCAAUCUUAAAAAAAAUAAAUAAUUUUUAAAAAAGAGAUCUAAAUGUACCUCAGACAUUAAUUUUGUGUAACUUAUUUGACAUUUUCAUCUAUUUGACAAGCCUUUGUAGUUCUCUGCCAUUUCAACUGAAUCUGAAACGAGUACAAUACCAAAGGGUAUUAGUGUUGUCAAUGCGGAGACCAUUUUGAGAAGAAUUGCCCUCCCACCCCCCAACAACCAAAUCUCAUGUAUUGCAGUUGAGAAUAUUUUUUGCAUGAUUAUACAUGAUUUGUUCUGUUGUAUGGUACUUUUAUUACAGAUUUUUCCUCUCUUCAGUUUUGCUCAGUACUAUACGGUAUGCCUUUUCAAUCCGCUGUGUGCAUUUUGGAGUUUUCUGUGGUAUUUCUGUGAAUUCACAUUUUCAGGAUGAGAACUGCACUGACUUCAGGCAACCAGGAUUCCUCCCACAUCCCUUGUGUUGCUCAAAAAGAAGAAAACAUAAAUAGGUUUUAAAAACUCACUGCUGGUUCCAUACUUCACUUUGGUGCAAUCCUGUUUGUGGAAAUAAAGAUCUCAUCGUGGUGUGGGGAGGGGAGGGGUGUCAAAUGUUUUUGUUUCUAAAGAAUGUUAAUAAAGUCUCUUUUUUAAGUUUUA